AUGGCUGCCGCCGGCCUGGGGGGCGACGAAGCGCCGCUGCCGGCGGCAGCUGUCACCAAAUCCCCGUCACUUUCGUCGCAGUCCGCAGCCCCCGCCCGAGGGAACCCCGAGAAGUGUCUGGUCUAUCCGCACCCGCCCAGGAGCUCCCGCCUGUCGCGGGCUGUUCUGCGCUGGCUGCAGAGUCUGGACCUCAGCUACUUUCCCAGGAACGUGAGCAGGGAUUUUUCCAAUGGCUUUUUGGUUGCAGAAAUAUUCAGUGUGUAUUACCCUAGUGAAAUUAAAUUGUCAUCCUUUCGAAACGGAAGCUCUUUAAAAGUCAAGUUGGAUAACUGGGGACAGCUGGAGAAGUUCUUGGCAAGAAAAAAAAUUAAAUUACCUAAAGAACUAAUUCAUGGAACAAUUCAUUGUAAAAUUGGAGUCCCUGAAAUACUGAUACAAGAGAUAUACACCUUGUUAACACACCGACAAAUUAAAAGUGUCCAGUAUGACCUCAUGAAUUUCACAGACUAUAGUUACCAGAUGCAUCUGCCCAUUGCGCACAGGUCUACAGCUUCGAAGUCUAUUAAAGAUAAUAUUAGGCUGUCAGAAUUAAUGAGCGACCCUAACACACUCAGCAAUGAACUUAAAGUAGAGUUCCUCUUCCUUUUACAAAUGUUGCAGAGACGAUUAAGCCGAAGGUUGAAUCCAAAGUGGUUUGAAGUCAGACCAACAGUUGGAGAACUUACUCUGGAUCAUCUUCCUCUCCAAGCCUCUGUGGGCAAACAUAACCAGGGGACAACGCGGAGAAGUGGUGCUCCUGUUUCAGAAAAUAUAGGUAAUGUGAAGCAAUGGUAAACAUUCUUUUGAAUUCUCUGUGAACCUACUAGAAACAUGGAAAAGCAACCUUGAAAAGUACCUGUUUAACAGCGGUAAAGAAUUGAUGCCACCAUCAUUUGCCACACUAAAGAGAUACAAUCCUACCCUUGGAUAUAUUUCAACAAUAAGUAAAUUAAAGCAGUGUCUUAUCCUUAAUUGGACUGGAAAACAUAUUUGUUCAAUCAAAUAAGAAACAUUUAUUAAACAUCUGUGCAAGGUACUGUUGAAAAUACAAAAUGAAAUAGAACAGAAUGAGUAAAAAUGUUUAAAAGUACAAA